AUAUUGUGUGCAAAUUAAUUGUGAGGCAUUGAAUGAAUGGAGAACCGGAUCAACUCCUGAAAGUUAAUUAGCGCACAUCGGCAUCGCUAACAAGAAUGUAUUUUCGGCUAUGAAAGUAUGAUCUAUUGUCUUCAAUUCAUGGUACAGUGAUCAGUUGCGGUACUGAGGAAUUUACAGGUGUGUUCUACUAGGAUGUGUGAGAAGUUUUCAAGUUAAUCUUAUCUGAGGUACGUGGUCUAUUCAUAAAGUCUCCAAGUACCACCAUGCCAGCCACAUACCUGUGGGCCAUCGGCAACCAGGGCCGGGCCUAUGCCAUGUCCACAGAUAAUCAGAUAUGGGAGCUUCGCAGCAUGGAAUUCAAUGUCAAACGGGUUCUAGGCUUUAAGAGGAUUUCAGCAUCCAAGCAUGUCGUUUGGGGUUUGGCCUAUAAUCAGCAACCCUAUAUCUAUGUGUUUGGUAUGGAUGUGCCUAUUCGAUACUUGGAAUACACUUAUGAAAACCAGAGAUGGGGGCCAGUGAGAGGCUAUUCUGAAAAGAGUCUCAUCUUCUCUGACCGUUCUCCUUGGAGCGAUGAGAAGGGUAGCAGGGUGUUCCCUAGACCUCGGGAUGUUAGACUUCCAAACAAACAUUGGAAAUGGGAAUCAGACUGGCAUGUAGAUGAGAACUAUAAAGGACAACCCACUGGAAAAGAGGGAUGGCAGUAUGCAGUGAACUUCAAUACAAAUGAGAGUUAUACGUCUGAGAAGAGAUGGAACUCUUGCGUUCGGAGGAGAAAAUGGAUUCGAUACAGGAAAUAUAUUGCUACUGAUGCUUGGGCACAGGUACAAAGUAUUAAUGCUGAUCCUCUUGAAGAACCAUUGAUGGAGUUGUCCAUAGGUGGCCAUGAACUUCCUGGUCAACCUGAGGGAUAUCUCUCGGUUUGGGCUAUAUCAGCAUUGGGAAAGGUAUUCUUCCGAGUAGGUGUUUCAAGGAAGAACCCUGAAGGUUCCCUCUGGAGGGAGGUGUUUACCUCUGAAGGCAAGGGUCUUGUCCAGCUAUCUGUAGGACCUACAGGAGUGGUGUGGGGUGUGACAUGGGACGGCCAAGGUGUGAUACGAAUGGGAGUGUCAAGGGAUCAUCCUCUCGGGACCAAUUGGACAUAUGUGAAUCCACCUGAGAAGUCUCUCCUAACUAGUGUUACCGUGGGUAACAAUGUGGUAUGGUCGAUUACAAGAGAUCAAAAGGUUUGGUUCAGGAAAGGUUUUAUGUCGACUGAUAUGAAGGAGAAUAGAAGCAAUCGAGCAGGGACUAGCUGGAUUGAAAUGUGUGGUCAGGUGGCCCAACUCUCUGUUGGACCCAAUGAUCAGGUUUGGGCUCUGACUGCAGAGGAAGGCCGUUCUAUUGUUUUCAGAUCCGGUGUUUCAUAUGAAGAGCUUAGUGGAAGAGAAUGGAAAGCAGUGAUUAUCAUUCAGAAGAAUGAUCAGAGAUACAUGUACCAACCACCUGAUACUAUCAGUGUCGCAGACAGCAUGGUUUCAAACUCUGUCAGCAUCUGCGCUAAAACUCAGCAUUUGCUUGAUGCUGAUAGCCGCUUCAUGAGGAGUGUCAGUGAACCGUCUGCGUUGUCAGUCAUGGGGUAUGAUUCUUCUAUGCCUUCAGUUCUAGGAGAUGAGUUCAUGCACAAUGGGAAGUUGAUGAGAACAAUGUGUGCACAGACAGUUGAUAUAUCCAAGGCAAACAGUUCCGGGGCCCUUAACUCAGGUUUUGAAGAUAGUAUUAACUCAGCCUACCUGCCAGUGGAUGGGGGCAGUGUUGGUAGAUCAGCUUCUGCCAGUCCUGUGAAUGUACCAGAUGUCCCAGAACUUGUGUCUUCGAUUCCUUUGAAUGUGCCUGAUGUCGAAGAACUUGUGUUAGUUUUUCCCGAAGCCGAUCCUCCAUCAGAAUCUGACCCAGCAAAGGGUUUAACAGUGGAAGACAUUCAUAACCUGACUCCUAUAACAAUGCCUACACACCCUAUCACCAGGCAGCCAAGCUAUCACACAGAUGUCUCAGAUAACACCAUUGACUACAUCACAGAAUUCAACGAGGAAGACUCUUGUGAGAAUUUGCAAGAUAGUGGAAGCGAGAAAGGUACACAAACAGAAACUUUACCAGACUGCAUUAACCUUCACCAAGGUGGGCUAGCUGGUCCAGAUAUCACAGUGGACCUGGUGAAGCAAUUGCAACUGCAGAACAACCAGUCAACAUCUACUACAGGAAUCCCAGACUGUGUGGAGCAGGAAGACAAGAGACCUAAAUACCUAGUAGACAAUCGUAAGAAUUCUUUUGGCAGUGUGAAAUUCAGUUUAAAUGACAAGGAACAUAAGAUUGACUCUGGAUCGGUUAGCGACAGUGAAUUAAGGACUACACCUUCCAUUAUGGUUGAUGACUUUGAUAACAGGCGUAGACCACACUCACGGCAGCAGGUUCUCUCGCACUCCUUCUCUAGGACAGCUGAUUCAUCUUUACCUAUGCGUAAUAACAGCAUGGCAGAUCUAUGUCAAGCAGGAGAUGAGAUGGAGGAAGAGGAACCGCUCUGGAUGUGGGUCAGUGGUGGAGGAUGUGUAGUUGAGCCAACAUCACUCCCAAAAUGGUUUUUCCAAGCAACCCUUAGUCAACAGAGCUUCCGUCAUCGCUUACAAGAAGGGUCUUGGCGUAGUUUAAUCCUCAAUUCUUUGAGACGACGUAGGGAAGAAGAGGCCAUGUCAUUUGAGCACUAUCCUAAUGCAGUUGAAAGGAGUUCCUGGGCUAAAGUAGGUCGCCUGCAAUGGUACAGUGAAGGAAGGAGACGUCAAUGGAUGGACUGUACCAUUGAGCUUGAGAGGGGUGUUGAUGGUACAGGGAGGCAGCAGAGUAGAUUCUCCCUUCAUUAUCAGUCAUUUGGUAAACAGAAGCUGAUUAGAUUCUUAUUGAGUGAAGUGACGUCUGUUCAGGAGGUGGUUAAUGGCUCGGAAUAUCCUUCAUUCUGCAUCUUCACACCGAAGAGGGUGCUGGACAGAAAACCAAUCACAUUACGUGCAAACAGUGAUGGAGAGCUGGAAGAAUGGGUUGCUGCAAUUAGCCAAGCAUGUACAGAGGUUAGGGGUAUAUAUGGAGCGCCCUCUUGCAGGGCAUCAUGGUUAGUCACAUGUAGAGGAGAUGUCUUCGUUCAUGAAACAUUACCUAACAUGCAGAUCGCACCCUCAUCUCAUCUGUACUGGAGGCAGAUUGGAGGGCAUCUAGCAUACAUUGAAGCAUGUGGAGCCGGAGUGGUCUGGGGUCUAGGACUAGACCACACUCCUUGGGUCUACUUAGGAGGAUAUGGUGGAGGAAUAUUCAAAGGGAUUUACAGCAGUUCACUUGGCAACCAGCCUCAGACUGACUCCAAGAAUAUCUAUGUGUUUGAGAAUCAAAGAUGGAGUCCUCUUGCAGGCUUUACUGACAGGGGUUUGUGGACAAAUGAUUCUGGGAAGAUAAUUGAAUCAAGAGAUAACGUUCAGAUGCCAUCCUCACACUGGCAAUGGAUAUCUGACUGGAAGGUUGAUUUUACUAUUUCUGGAAGCACAGAUAAAGAAGGAUGGCAAUAUGCCAAAGAAUUCAAACACACCAAGGCAUUCCAUAAAGACAGAAGAUGGAACGAUUACGUAAGAAGGCGGAGAUGGGUCAGGAGAUGUCAAAUAAAGACGACCGGUCCCUGGAAACAGAUACCAAACCUUGGACUUAAAGAUGUUUCACUUCAGGUGGAUGUAGAUGAAGAAUGGGACUGCCCUAUUGCAUUAUGGGCCAUUGGAACCAACGGUGAUGUUGUUACAAGACUAGGGGUGACAAGGGCAUGUCCUGAGGGUACAGCAUGGAUGCAUGUUCCUACAGAUCAGCCAUUCCAGUCAAUAUCUGUGGGAGGAAAGUUUAGAGUCUGGGCAGUGGCUCGAGAUGGUUCUGCCUUCUAUCGCAACAGAGUUAGUGACUACAAUCGUACAGGUGAUACCUGGUUUCAUAUCGCCCCGCCCUCAGUCGCCCCUCUAAAGCAGAUCUCAGCUGGCCUGUGCUCUGUAUGGGCCAUUGAUGUGCAAAUGAACCUGUGGUAUCGCCAGGACAUCACUCCAACCUUCCCAGAAGGCACUAGGUGGAUCCAUGUUAGUUCUCGGGUUCGUAAAGUAUCAGUUGGCCCUCAAGAUCAGGUUUGGGUGAUAGCUGAUCAAGUAGAUGGCGCUCGUGGCGUGGUGUGUCGACGUGAUGGGAUUGGAUCAGCUAAACCUAUGGGGAAAGCAUGGGACAAAGGAGCUGGGGGAGGCAUUAUGCAUCUCUGUAUACGAAGCUGCACCAAAGAGUUAGAGAAAGAUCCAUUGGUAGAGGAUAUCGCUAUGGCAACCAUCCAAGGGAGUGCAUUAGAUACCAAGAAGAAAGAGGAUCCUGUAAGGCCGUACACAAGCUCUGAUGGAAAUGCUCUCUGCUAAUCAAGGUUAUCUAUCUAAUAUGGAACAAAGAACCCGAUAGGAUGAUAUGUAAUUUGCUGUCAAGUGAAUCACGUGUUUCACCAAUCACAACCUUUGGCUUUCUCAAAGAUGACUUUGCUUUGAUGAAUUGUUCAAACUUAUUGGCCCGUAUUCUGAAGUCAGGUUUAACUUAGACCAUGGUCUAACUCUGUACUAAAAUUAUGGGAAGCCAAAAGUGUCAAAAUUUUUAUUAAGUUGUAUGUUUCUUAUAUUUACUGUGCUCUUUCCUGAUUCUUCAAUGGUGAAGACAAUCAUCCAUUUAUACUUCCUACACAAUUACGAAUGAUUUGAGAGCCAAAUGAGCUGGAAUGUGAUAUCUUGACUCCUAGUGAUUUAUGUAACAAUUGGCUAUCCAUACUUAAACCACAACUUUAAACCUGAGUUUAAGUUAAACUCGACUUCAGAAUACGGGCCAUUGAGUUGUAGAUCAAGUGCAACUCAUUCAUUGGGAAUCUGAAGGAUUAUAAGAGGCUUGCCAGGUAAUAGCAAUACACAAUAUAUACACAAUGGAUUUUGAAUAUUGGAAUCCAGAGAAAUGAAUGAAAGACUACAUUCACCAAUAAAGGUGGGGACUCUCAGACCUGCCAACCUGUACGUUUUAGCCGUAUUUAGUACGUUUUUGCAACCAAAAUACGGCAGUACGUUUUUUCUUUGAAAAAUAUGUUUUUUUUUUUACUAAAUCGUAAUUUAUUGAGAAAAAUAAUCUCUAUAUGUCUCUAUUUCAUAAAACGUGCACAAAUAUGGUUAUUAGAUCAAUGUAAUUUCAGGUAACUUGUUUUUUUUUCCAAUCAUUUUGUUCAAAUCAGGGUGAAGAUAUACACACGUUUUAAUUGUUUUUUUUUCAUCUGCAAGAGCAGUGCGCAUUUUAGCUUGCAUGCAGCUUGAGCGCCGCGAUGAGCGAGUGCGCCAAGCAUUUUAUUAUGAAAUACACUUUUUUGGGGAAAAAUACAGUUUUUUUUAUCACAGAAUACAGUUUUUCAUUCCCAGAGGUUGGCAGGUCUGGACCCUGUCACAAAAGCCUUGUGACUAAUUCAAUCAACCUCAACUAUAUGGAAAAUUGGAAAUGUCAUAAUUCUUCAUGCAGAAAAUGUUCACAACGCUUCUCUGGAAAUAACAAGGAGCAAAGUGAUUUUUCAAGACAUUGAUGAGCAUGGAUCAUAGUUAGACUGCAAUUUGAACAAAUCUAUGCAUUGAAGACACUGGUUGUGUUGGCUUUCAAUAGGUGUCAUCGAUCAGAUUGAUCGCAACUCUGAUUUAACAGCUCUCAAUGGUCUACUACAAUUUAUCAGAUUUAUCCUUGAUAAAGCAUGGUCUGGUAGAUCUUGAAAUACAGUAUGAUAUGAAUUUAAAAGCAGCUGAUUACAAUUAAAAAUAUUCAGUAAAAUAUUUUACUGUAGCUGCAAGAUAUGUAGAUUGCAAAAAGGCCUUUUCUUUAUUUUGAUCUACAGUGUAUGUUGGAAGGGGAAAUUUCAAAUGCCUAAAUGCCUCAUGCUUUUGCUUUGACAUAUUUUGCCUUUAAGAUAUAAAAAAAUAUUUUGUCUUAUUGCAGAAAGGCUUUUAAAAAAAGUGAAUCACAGAAUCUGGCUCUUACUCACAAGAUGAACAGGAUAAUCUACCUAUUAGUUUGGCCUUAAAGGAGAAUAAAAAUUGGAGCAGGUUAGCUUUUGUGAAAGCAGAAAAAUCAAAGAAUAAGAUUAACAAAAGUUUGAGUAAAAUAGGACUAGCAAUAGAAGAGUUAUGAGCAUUUGAAUGUCGAGAUCACUAAUACUAUGGAGAUCCUCCCAUUGGCAAUGCGACCAAGAUCUAUGAUGUCACAGAUGAACAACUCUCCCCUUUUGGACACUGAAAAUAUACCCCAAAACAUCUCUUUUUGCUUAUUCUAAUCAUAUGACAAACGAUUCAUCAAUGAUAUAAUGUUGUGAAACCUCGGUACUUGUCCUCUCAUAAAGAGAACACCUCACCUUGUGAUAGACUCUAUAAAAGUGAGAAUAUAAGUGAAAUAAGUACUAAAGUAAUGAGGGAGUUGUACGUGUGUGACAUCGCAGAUCUUGGUCGCAUUGCCAAUUGGAAGGAUCUACAUGGCAUUAGUGAUCUCAAUAUUCAAAUGCUCAUAACUUUCUUAUUAUUCAUUCAAUCUUCCUCAAACUUUCAACAAUAUGUUUCUAUGAUUUUUCUCUUUGAUAUGGAUUCAGCUGGUUUCAAGGGUUUCAUUCUCCUUUAAUAUAGCUACUCUAACAGUGUUGUUUACAUUCUGGAUGAGAUUACAUCUCUUAGGCAUCUCAUAUAAUAUUCUAGAUUUAAAACUAAUCAGAAAUGUCAUAUUAAAAAGAGUCCUAUUUUCGUGACAAUAUUUGAUGUUCAGUUUGAAAGAAAUAGGAGAUGGGCAUUCUUUCAAAUUGUAUAAUGGGCUUUAGGAAUACAAGAUCAUGUUUUUUUUGUUUUAUUCAACUGGAAUGUUUGAUCAAUUAGUAUAAAA